CUAAUUCGAGUUCACAAGCAGGAAGCAUGAUACAUCCAUUUCCUUUCAGACAAACAACAGAGUGCCCUGGCAGCACAAAAGCGUCGCUUCUACUGCUAAAUCUCAAACGUUCAGAAACCCAUUGCUCCUCUCUGGACAUACCAUUCUAUAUUUGCUGUUUGGAUGUUAUGGAUAGAAACAGUACUUACUCUCCAAUCACAUGGCCGCCAAAGUUUUGGGAGCAAAUAACAAUAGCCUUCACAGUGUCCAUGGUGGUUGGACUAGUGAUUGGAGGGAUCAUCUGGGCAUUGCUCACUUGCUUGUCUCGUCGCAGAGCUAGUGCCCACAUUUCCCAGGGGAGCUCCUCAGUCUUCAGCCGUCGGUCCAGACCCUCCUCUCAUGGCCACACCACUGGUAGGACUGGGUUUUACCGCAACAGCAGCUGCGAACGUCGGAGCAACCUCAGCCUGGCCAGCCUCACCUUCCAGCGGCAAGCUUCCUUGGAGCAAGCCAACUCUUUCCCCAGGAAGUCAAGCUUCCGUGCAUCCACCUUCCACCCUUUCCUUCAGUGUCCUCCCCUCCCUGUGGAGACGAACAGUCAGCUGAUCACCCUUACUCCCACAAAUACCACCACAACCUUUGUGGGAAGCACCACCAACAGCUUAAGUCAGCCCGAAUACCACUGGUCUAACAACAGCCUCCGCAUCUGCCACUCCACACAAACCCCGCCUCCUGCCUACGAAACCAUCAUAAAAGCUUUCCCAGACUCCUGAGUUAGGUCCAUGCUGCAAACAUGCAUGUACAUUUUAGGAGGAACCUAAAUAAUCUCAACAAUUUUCUGUGUGUGAUGAAGAUCUCUGAGAAGUCUACAGCUGUCAUUGUGGAGGGGACAUACAUUGCCAAGAGGCAGGUAGCAGUGGUUUCUUAGAGUGCAAUAUCCCACUGUCCAAGCGAUCACUUGUCUUCGCACUGCAGGCUCUAAUUUACUGCUCUGCCAUAUGAUUUAAUAUUUAUAGUGUUGUAUCUUAAUUGUAACCAUUGUUAUCUUUACUUCAGAGGAAAGAAAACAGUGCCACAUAAAAAACAAAUAAUUUCUUGAAGAAACAGAUUGUGUUACAGAUUACUGAUAUACCUAUUUCUUCAAAUUUCAUUACAUCGUUUCUUUCUUUAAAAAAAAAGUUUUACAUAUUUUCCAAAGGAUGUUAAGUUUUCAUAGAACACUUCCUGUUACCCACCCUCUUCCUGUAAGCACAGAACAGCUUCUGUCUAAGGAACCUUAGAUGCAGAACUUGUAGAGGAUUAAAACUGACAGUCUUGACUGCGAUCAUAGGCAUCCUGUUCUGCUUACUGUAGAGGAUCUUAAAAUACCCCAUACUAAGGCUGCUUGUAUAAAAUCCUCCAUAGUAUGGGGAAAUGUUGAAGCAUACGAAGCCUCAUGCAGAGAGAGGUUUCAAACAACAUGCUAAAUGCAUGUUAACAAUUGUAAAGAAUUUUCUGUCUGCAGCCAGCAGAACAAGUAGUCACAUUUUAAAAGCCAGUAAGGCUGUAUGGGAGCAGAAUUCCUCAUGUUUCAUUUUUCUAGGUCUGGUUAUCAAGAUAAGCAGCAUGAAUGACAAUUAUUUUUUUAAUUAGGUUUCCUGUUUUGUCAUGAGAUUACUCAUUUCCUUAUUCCAAAUUAUUUUUCUCAAAUUGUACCAAAGUUUAAUUCUUCCUGGCAAAUUAUUCACUGAAAUCUUGUCUUUCACUAAAGCAAGAUUUUAGACACCUGUGGCUGAAUAUUGGGGCUGUACAAUUAGUUGGGAUAUAAGACAAAGACGGAUUAUUUAGUUCAGGCUAACAAAUAUUCUUGACUCUUACAUGUGUAUGAUGUCAAGCUAAUCCCUGUUUUAGUAGGGAUUAGUUGCACUGAUGUGAGAGAAGUCCAGUAUUUCGUAGAAUCAAAGAAUCAUAGGAUACCACGUUGGAAGACACCACAAGGAUUUUCUAGUCCAAGCUUUCUUGGCAAAAGCACAGUCUAGACAAGACAACCCAGCACUCUGUCCAGCUGAAUCUUAGAAGUGUCCAAGGCUGAGGAAUCUACCACUUCCCUGGGGAGAUUAUUCCAAUGGCUGAUUGUUUUUAUAGUGAAAAAUUUUCUUCUUGUGUCCAAUCGGAAUCUUCCAAGGAGUAACUUGUACCCACUGGCCCUCAUCUUUUCCAUGUGAUUCCUUGUAAAAGGGAGUUUCCCUCUUCUCUGUAGCCACCUUGCUGGAACAUGGUGAUAAGGUCUUGCAUACGCCUUCUUUUCUCAAGGCUGGACAAACUCAGUUCUCUCAGCCUUUCUCGUAUUCUAGUCCUUUGAUUGUCUCUGUUGCCCUUCUCUGGACUCCCUCCAGCCUGUCCACAUAAUUCUUUAUAUAGUAGGGACCAAAACUAAACACAGUAUUCCAGGUGUGGCCUGACAAGCACUGAGUAGAGUGGGAUAACAACUUCUUUAUCUCUGCUGGUGAUGCCCUUGUUGAUGCAGCCCAGCAUCCUGCUGGCUUUCUUUGCUGCAGCAGCACAUAGUUCACUCAUAUUGAGCUUGUUGUACACCAGGACCUCCAGGUCCCUUUCCACUGGGCUGCUCCCCAGCUGAGUAGAUCCCAGUCUGUGCUGCACCCCUGGAUUAAAUUUUCCCAGGUGCAAGACCUUAUACUUGUCCUUGUUGAAAUUCAUCAGGUUAUUGUUAGCUCACACUUCCAGCCUAUCCAGGUACUCCUGCAGGGUGACUCUCCCUUCUGAAGUUUCCACUUGCCCUUCCGGUUUGGUAUCAUAAGCAAGCUUCAUCAGGGUACACUUGAUCCCAUCAUCCAUAUCAUUUAUGAAGGUGUUAAACAGUGUUGGGCUCAAUAUCAGUCUCUGGGGGACCCCACUCAUGACAGGUUGCCAAUUUGAGAAGGAGUAAUUUGCCACCAUCCGCUAGGUAUGGCCUGUCAGCCAGUUCCCCACUCACUGUACUGACCACUUGUCUAAGUUGUAAUGGAUAUUUGGAAAUAGCACAGAAAAAUUAGGCCUGAUUUAAGUCUUACUGUAUCAGUUUCCUGUUAAAUAUCCCAUGUUCAAAUAAAGGGUAAAUAAUUUCCACAAGCAGAGUAGCAGUCCUACUCCUCACUUAGAAAUAAGUCUGUUGUUGCUAAAAGGGCUGGGCAACUACCAGCCACAGGACUCCUAAUCAUGAGCACGCUGGUCCUGUGCUUCUGUAGAGAGAAUGAGUCCCCAGCUGUCUUCUGGGAGGAAUGAAGAUUCAGCAGCUUUUGAGAAUGGGCAAAAUGCUUAGCAUCUUACUUUCCAGGCUUUUGGAGACUGGCAGCAUGCAUACCUUUGUGGAGCUCAGCACCCCUCAGGAAGGACUGGUGUUGAUCUCUGAACUGCAAUCGUCCAGCCCAAUAUCAUCCCAUUUGCAAAUCUGACUACAAACAUUGAGCUUACAAGUUUUACUUACUGUAAACCACAACUAUUUUCUGUUGUAAAGGCAAAUUAUUUUGUAUAUAUUUACUAACUGGCUUUCAUUGCUUUAUUUUUAGUGUGCAGUAUUUUCCCUUCUAGAAGAACAACCAUUUACAGAGUUUACAGAAUGUUUCAUUACAGACACUAUGGUUUCUAGUACAUGGAGGACUUGCUGAUAAGACUGCAAACCUGCAUUUGGCUGCUGACGGGCUGCAGACUUAAAACAAUAGUCCUCUGGAGAAAGAAAGUUGUGUUAUUUCAUUCAUUAAUAAUAUUUUUUUUUAUUUAGGGUCUUAUUGAGUCUGGUGAACUUCAUUGCAUGCACAACUGCAUUCACAGUGUCUUAGCUCUAGAAUAGGUGCUGCUACCUAUUUUUAUGUGCCUACAAAAUGCAGAAUUCAAGUCUUUUCUCAUUGCUCACUGAGUUUAGUGGACUGCUUGCACACAGCUGGCCAAAACUGCUUGUUUCCUGAGAGUGAAAUUGGUUUAGAUGACUAAAGUUUUACUCUUGGAUUGUAAAUGCACGUUACAUUACAGUAGAGAUUUUCACAGCAUAUUAUUACUUGUAUUACACUAUAUUUAGUAAACAACGAAGAAAGGGGAGGUUAAAUGUACUGUAUUUUUUUCCUGCUGAAAUCUGUACUGGAUAUCAAAACAUUUCUUACGUCCCCUGGAUUAGGGAGAUUAAAAACAUAGGAUAUUUGGUGCAUAAGCAGUAUGGCUGUCAGAUACCUAUUAGUUUAAACAAUGUCUGAAAUGAAUGUUUUGGAAUCACUCUGGAAGCUUCAGAAUGUGAAAUAAAGUUAGAUAUUGUAAUUUCAAACUCAUGUUUUUUACUUAAAGAUAAAUGUGUUGACUUGCAUAGAAGAUCAUUUAAAGAGAAGAAUGUCAUCCUUAAUUAUGCAAGCUGAAAUAGUUGGGAAUGUGAAUGAGGUCUUUCCUCUGUUUCUGUGGAGAGACAUCCCAAAGCUGAAGAUGUUAUAUGAAGUCAGUGUCAGAAUUUGCCAUAUGGGAACAUCUUCCAAGUAUUACUGAUGAGAAUGUGUCUCACAAAUAACAAUGCCUACAGAUUUUAAAUCCACUGGUUUUCAAGUACUUGGAUUUCAAUCCACAAAGUGUUUGAGCAAAUGUUUGCUUUAAGCAGAUGGACAAUCACUAUAAGGUUCAUGCUUAAAUGGACUCAUACACAUUUUAUUGCACCAGGACCAAAACAUGUUGCACAUGAUCAAACCCCAAAUUGAACUGCAGGAUUAAGCAGUCAACAGGUGUUUAAUAUGCAAAAUAUUAUACUAGCUCAUUGUAAUGGUAUUUUCUAGCCUUGUAUUUCAAUUUAAAAUACUGGGAAGAAGAGCUGCAUUAAAAAAAAAAAAAAAAAAAAAAAAAAGUA